UUUCAUCACGCUGUCUGUCUAUGCGUGACCUUCUGCCUGUCUGGUUAUUAUGUCUGGAUACCUCAAUUAAAAUUUGCUAAAUUGUUGUUGAAACUAUAGUCGUACACGCAGCUUUAAAAAGCCAUGCCUUCUAUGAAUGGAUUCUGCAGGAUCAGAUGUUAUCAUCCGCUCGGCAUCAUCUGGAGGGGAGCUGUAGAAAGACGCAUCAAACAGAGCUGAUGUGAGAUCUGGAAAACUGUGGAGACAUGUCUUCCGCCCAAGGACUUCUCAACAGCGUCUUCUCCUGCUCCUCUCCCGCGUCCAAAGCCAUAACCAAACGGAGGCUACGCCAAACCCGGAGCCUGGACCCUGCCAUCAUAAGGCACUGCGGCACCGGGAACGAGGGACCAAGUGGCGCACCGGUCUCGGAUGAAGGUGCGUCACCGGAGCGCACGGCUGGGAAACCAGCUUUACGCGCGAAGACUCUGGCUUUAAAAGAACCCAUUACCCCGUCUCUUUCCUCUCCUUCCAUACCUCUGGAUGUUUCUCCUUCCUCAAACUUUCACUUUGACUAUGACAUAGUGAAGCGUGCCAAAAGGAAUACCACAGGGGAUUUACCAUUUCUGGUGAGAGGACCCGGUGGUGCGUCUUCUGGGAGCACCGGUACGCUUUUUUCCCCUCGGAGGUGGCUUCAGCGCAAAGUUCAGCCGUCCAGCUCUCACGCUUACGUCGUGUGGAAGUCAGAGGGUGACUUCACCUGGAGCAGCCUGUCGGGGCGGAGCGUACGUCUGACGCCGGUGGCCAUCCAGAGUCUUUCAGAGCUAGAGAGGGCCCGGCUGCAGGAAGUAGCCUACACCCGUUUACACCAGGACUAUGACCUGGGAUGUCAGAUAACCAUGCCAAAAGACGGACAAAAGAGGAAGAAGUCACUGAGGAGGAAGCUGGACUCUCUUGCAAAAGAAAAGAGCAAAGACAAAGAGUCCAUACCCCAGGCCUUCAGUAUACCCCUGUCCCAGGUCAUUGCUAACGACCGCGUCCACAGGCAGCGUCAGGACGGCUAUCGCCAGGACCCUCCGCAGCGUGAGGAGCAUAAAGACUCCUCAGACCUCGUUUCAUCCAUUUUACAGUUCGCCACCAAGCGUCCGUCGAACAAAGAGCUCUCCAGCAGUAACUCGUCACUGAGCUCCACGUCAGAGACCGCCAACGAGUCCACAUCGCCCAACACGCCCGAGGCUGCACCGCGAGCACGCAGGAGGGGAGGCAUGUCAGUGGACUCCAUCACAGACUUGGACGACAACCAGUCCCGCCUGCUGGAGGCGCUGCAGCUCUCUCUGCCCACCGAAACGCCGAGUAAAAAGGAGAAACACCGAGACAAAAGGCUGAGUCUAAACCCCAUCUACCGUCAGGUGCCCCGGGUGGUCGACAGCUGCUGUCAGCACAUCGAAAAAUAUGGUUUGCAGACUGUGGGGAUUUUUCGAGUGGGAAGUUCCAAAAAAAGAGUGCGACAGCUACGCGAGGAGUUUGAUCGCGGUAUUGACGUCCAGCUGGAUGAGGAACACAGCGUUCAUGAUGUGGCUGCUCUUCUGAAGGAGUUCCUCAGGGACAUGCCUGACCCGCUGCUCACAAAGGAGCUCUACACAGCCUUUAUCAACACCACAUUGUUGGACCCAUAUGAGCAGCAGAAUGUGACUCAGCUACUGGUGUACCUGCUCCCAGCAUGCAACAGUGACACACUUCAUCGCCUCCUGGAGUUUCUGUCCACUGUGGCUGACCAUGCCCAUGACCAGCAGGACAAAGAUGGACAAGAGAUCACAGGGAACAAGAUGACAUCUCUGAACCUCGCCACCAUCUUCGGUCCUAACCUGCUCCACAAGCAGAAGAACUCGGAUAAAGAGUUCAGCGUCCAGAGCUCGGCCAGGGCUGAGGAGAGCACGGCCGUCAUCGCCGUGCUGCAGAGGAUGAUCGCCAGUUACCAAAGCCUGUUCAUGGUGCCUCCUGAUCUGCAAAAUGAAGUAUUAAUGAGUCUGCUUGAGACCGAUCCAGACGUAGUGGAUUAUCUACUGAGGAGAAAAGCCUCACAGAGUCCUGACUUGCUGCAGUCGGAGGAGCCCUUCGCCCUGAGCGAACGCCGCUCAUCCAGCGACUCCAACAAGGCUUCGAGCGGCGAGGUGUCCCCUUACGACAACAACUCCCCCGUCCUGAGCGAACGAAGAGGAGAAGCCGGAAGCCCCGGGAGCGAGCAGCUUUUUCGCGUUCCGGAACAGUUCACCCUGACGGGGCAGGUGUCCGGUUGGAAUAAAGAGGCUGGAGCUGACACCUGGGCAGCCAAAGAAACGAUAUCAGAGGAGCAUGCUAACAUCUGGGGGACGUGGCACUCAACUCUGAAACCAGCGCUGAAGGAGCAGCCGUACACAGGUUCCCAUGGCAACAUGUCCGAGGGAAGCUCCCGCAGCUCACAGGAAGGCCUCGACGGACUCCACGGCGACGGUAGGCAGCACACGACGGUACAAAGGACGGCACCUGGAACCGCCGAGUGCAGACCCCACCUCCCAGUCACCAGAGUGUGUACGAGCCCCAACGUAGGAUCCGGACGAACUCGCCUCCAGCUGAACCUCAGCCCCUCUGUGACAUCACACCUCAACAGCCAAUCCGGUAGAGCCAACCCACAGCAAGCUAGCGGACACGCAGCUAAUUCGUCAUCCAGACCUCAAAGAGGGGUGAACGCUUGUGACGGCGGCCCAGACGGUGUUUCUCCUCCCCCUUAUAAUGCUCAUCAUCGACUGACGAAUUCGCAAAGCUCGCCUCAGCUCGCCACGGCUCAACGGCCCCCUCUGCAGCAGGGGAGGUUAAGUGCGGCGCAGAAUAACUCGAGCACAGAGUCCCAAAUGGUGCCGCAUAGCCCGGAGUGGCAGGACUGGCAACGGGACCGGUGGCAGAUCUGGCAACUGCUUUCCUCAGACAAUGCCGACACACUCCCGGAAACGCUGGUGUGAGCUCAGACAAUGUACGAAACCAGCGAAUGUCGUGAUCGAACCCCCUACAGCUGCCCGCGGGAUGAAUUUGGGAAGUGCAAAAAUUACACUGAAGAUAUUAACAGUCAAGGGUGUCGAACUCAUUUUAGUUCAGCGGC